AUGUCGUCACGAUUAGUUGAUAAAAUCAGAAAUAUGGAAGUCCCAGAAAAUGGAAAUAGUUCCAUUAAUGUAAUGUUAGGAGUAGUCAAUAUAUUCUUUUUUGGAUUUGGUAUGAUAGCUAUAGGUAUAUUAAAUAAAGACCCAGAUGAUUUAAUAAUUGGCAUAUUACAAUUACUUGUACCUUUAAUUGGUUGGAUAUGGGCAAUCUUGUGGGGUAUAUUAAUUGUUAUCAAAAAUUCUAAAUAA